AUGAGUGACUCUCAGGCUGUGAAGGGAUCACAGUUGAGCCCACUGGAGGAGGACCAGGCAAUGGUCACCACUGGCUAUUCCUUUAAAAGAUGGACUUUCCCACCCACUUCUGGAUUCCGUAGUGUGGCAGGUUGUCUGGGACAUCGCCUCGCCCCCCUCAUCCUACAGCUGCUGUCCUUUAUCAUCUUGGCUGGGCUGCUGCUGGCCGUCAUCAACCAAGGCUCCAAACUUCUUGGCUCUCAAAGUCAAUCAGAGCAGGAGCUCUACCAGGAACUAACCCAGCUGAAGACUGCCAUGGGAUCCAAACUUCUCGGCUCUCAGAACCAAUCAGAACAGGAGCUCUACCAGGAACUGACCCAGCUGAAGGUUGCACUGGACCGCCUGUGCCGGCCCUGCCCCUGGGACUGGACAUCCUUCCAAGAAAACUGUUACUUCUUCUCCAAGUCCCAAAGGAACUGGAAAAACUCUAUCAAGGCCUGCCUGGAUAUGGAGGCCCAACUGGUGGUCAUUGAAACUGAGGAGGAGCAGAGCUUUCUGCAGCAGACAUCAAAGAAUAGAGGCCAGACGUGGAUGGGACUGUCAGACCUGAAUGAAGAAGCCACGUGGAAGUGGGUGAAUGGCUUGCCUCUGUUACACAGCUUCCAUAAGUAUUGGAACAAAGGGGAGCCCAACAACGCUGAUGAAGAAGACUGUGCGGAGUUCACCGGCAAUGGCUGGAAUGACGCCAAGUGUGACAAUAGAAACUUCUGGAUCUGUAAAAAGUCUUCCUCCAUCUGCUCCUCCAGCGACUGACAGCCAGGUCUUGUGGAUCUGUAAGAAUCAAGAUCUUCACAAAAAAGCUCUGAGGCUCUUCUCUGUACAAUUCCUCCACUCUCACCUGAGUUUGAGCCACUAUGGUCCUUCCUUUAAUGCUGUCAGGAUCCCCUUUGACUUAAUUGCUUGUGGUGAUGACACACUAC